GUAAUGCAUUCAGAUCUUCUAUUUAUUUUAUAGUGGUGCUAGGCUAAAAAAAAAGUAAGCUCUAGCUUAGAAGCCGAUAAGUACUCCGAUUCCCUGGGUGCGUGAGGUGGUUCACUUGUUGUAGCAUAAUGUCAGCGUUUGCUAGAUUCUUGGUCAAAAGAGCCGCAGGAGACGACAGCACAUCCGCCUCAUCCAGUCCUACAGACCCUCCAGUGGCUGAUGCUGCAGGCUCGGACUCUACAAAGUCUGAUACUGGUGGAGGUGUUGGAACUGGAGCUCCUGAAAACAAGGUUGAAGAAAUUGUGGACAAUCUGUUCAGUAAAUUACCACAAUGGGCAUGGAUUAUGAUCGCUAUAGGCGCUGGUCUCAUUCUACUUUGUAUUUUGUACUGCUGUUGCAAAAGAUGUUGCUGCAAGAAAAAGAAGAAGAAGAAUGAAAAGAAAGGAUUGAAGAAUGCAAUUGAUUUACAAGCAGUGAAAAGCUUAGGAAACAGUUAUAAAGAGAAGGUUCAGCCUGAUGUUGAAGAUUUAGACAAUGGUCAAGAAAAAGAGGAAGAGGAAAAGAAAUUGGGAAAAUUACAAUUCUCUCUCGAUUAUGAUUUUCAACAGAACAAUCUGGCAGUCGGAGUGAUACAGGCAGCAGAUCUACCAGGAAUGGAUAUGUCUGGAACAUCUGAUCCAUAUGUCAAGGUUUAUCUACUUCCUGACAAAAAGAAGAAGCAUGAAACAAAGGUUCACAGAAAGACUUUGAAUCCCGUCUUCAAUGAAACAUUCAAUUUUAAGGUGAACUACAAUGAAAUAGGCGAAAAGAUCCUCAUCUUUGCAAUAUAUGAUUUCGAUAGAUUCUCACGCCAUGAUAUCAUUGGCGAAGUUCGUGUUCCAAUGAACCAGGUUGAUUUGGGAAGUGUUGUGGAGGAAUGGAGAGAUCUUGUUAGUGCAGAAAAUGAUAAAGAAAAUGAGAAACUAGGAGACAUUUGCUUCUCUCUGAGGUACGUUCCGACUGCUGGAAAACUGACUGUCGUUAUUUUGGAAUCUAAAAAUCUGAAAAAGAUGGAUGUUGGUGGAUUAUCAGAUCCUUAUGUGAAGAUUACAUUGAUGCAGGGAGGCAAAAGACUGAAAAAGAAAAAGACAACGAUAAAGAAGAACACACUGAAUCCAUAUUUCAAUGAAUCGUUCAGUUUUGAGGUUCCAUUUGAACAGAUUCAGAAAGUCUCUCUGAUGAUCACUGUUCUGGAUUAUGAUCGUAUGGGCAAGAAUGAAGCAAUUGGGAGACUUCAACUUGGAUGCAAUGCAACUGGUUCAGAGCUGAGACAUUGGUCUGACAUGCUUGCAUCACCUAGAAGACCGAUUGCACAAUGGCACACUCUACAGCAAAUCGAAGAACAGAAUUAAGACAGUGAAGUGAAACGCAUGACUAUAAUUAUGAACUAGUUCUAGCAUAAGUUAGAGGUAGAAGAGAUAUAUAGACUUUAGUUUCAGUUUCUUGUAAUAGUCUUGAAUAGCUCUACAAAGAAAUCAAUAAUUCAUUACUUUUGUGGUUCUUCUGACGAAAUGUAUGUCAUAGGUAUAAUCUCCCCAACAGUGACUGAAAAUGAUUAGAACAUUUGGCUUUGAACAAAUUUUUAAACGGUUUUUAAAAAAAUAUUCAUCAAAUUAUCCAUUAUUACAUGUUGAAAUAUGAGUCUAUUUAAAUUAUUCAGAAUGAAAACUAUUUUUAUCAAUGAUUUGUUGUUGUUCACAUGGAAUACUGGCAGGUAGAAAAUUUGGCUAUGUAACAUGUCACUAAAGAUCAAACAAGGAUAGUUCAAACUUUGUUGAUGAAUUGUUUGUAAACACUGAAUUGUUAUCGUUUUUGAUGAUUCCACUUUUAAGUUGAAUAUUGUUUAAUUAUCUGUUUGGUAACCUAUUCAUAUAUAUAUAAAUCAUAUAUCCUUGAAGAAUUGGAUUUGGUUGAAAUUUUUAAAAAAUGUUAGCAACUCGAAUAUACUUGCACUUCGCAUAUGCUGAUAGUCAACUGAUAAUGCAGUUAUAAUACAAGUUCCUUUAUUAUGUAGUACAACAUGUUUUAGACAUUACACUUUUAACAUUAAGCAUCGAUGUUAAGAACACUUUCACUUUGUCUUCUUUUAUUCCCAUCUCUAUCAUAUAAUAUUAGCAUGCUCUUGUAUGAGUUCCUUAAAAUUCUUAUGGUGCUAAAUAUUGUUCUGCUUAUUUUAAUUAUCAAUUCUUAGUGGUUGCUGUUUUUAUACUUAUUUUGUGAUGAAAAUGUUUAUCAAUUUUCCAUAAUAUAAUUCUGUCUUGGGGUUUAUAAUGGAUAUUAUGAUUGGGAAUGAAUUGAAAAUUUUUUGAGGGAUAAAUUUAUCAAUCAGGUAUUUUCUUCACUGAUGUGCAGUUACUCAUGAUUUUCUGCAAUUUUUGGGAUGUUGAAACCAAUUUGAUAAAGAAAUUUUCAGAUUUAAUUAAUUUAUAUUAAGUAGUGAAUCUGUAGUUUCUGAGGGGUUCAAGGUGCAAUAUGGCAACUUAAUCCUCUUUUUUUUCUUUGUUCAUUCCUUUAUGAUGUGGGCUGUUGCAAUUUAUAUAUCUGUACUCUCAUUUUCUUUAUGUAUGUUAGUUUAUUUUUCAGGAAUAACGGAUUGGUUAUUUUCUUGCUGCAAUUUCUAUACCUUGUGUACAUGAAUUUUCCAGUUUAACUAAAUAUGAAGCUUUGUAAUUCUUGUAAAAUUAUAUAAUGAUAAUAAUUGAAGACUGAUUUCAAACUGUUUGGAUAUCUAUGUUUAUAAUUUUUUGAUGGCUAAUAACAGACAUCGGAAUUCGAAAUUUGACAUUCGUCAGUUGCAUUUGCAACAGGGUUUAUGAUCUCAUAGUUUUAAUAAAAUAAGUUUGUUUCAAUUUUACUUCUAACCUAUAUUUGUGUCUGAAGAUUUAAGUUUUUUUUCUGUUGAGAUUUAAACAUCAAACCUAUAUUUGCACAGUUCUGUAUGCAGUACGGUACACAAAUAAUUCCUAAUGUUUUUAAUAUUAUUGAUUUUACAUAUAUCAACAUAUCUUUCAUCAUUCGAUAAUGUGGGGUUUAAAAUGAAUGUACCAUUGAGAACUCACAUCAGUCAGUACCUACAUUGGUUUGCCAAAUGCAUUUAUUUUCUUGGUAAAUAUCUGGUACUCUCGUGUUGAUAUUCAUUUCGCAUUUUUGUAGUUUUAUUUACUUAACAUAUUGACUUGGACCCAUUUAUGUAUGAAAAAUCGCAAAUUUAUUCUUUCAUAACUAUACUGUAAAAAGUUAUCAUACUAACUGUCAAUUCACAGAUAUUGUGAGAAUGUUUUCAGUUGUGUACAAUCAAGUGUGCCAUCAUGUAUCCACUGGGACCGAACUGACUCAUUUUGCUAGCUUUGAAUCGGCUCAUUAUAGACACUGUCAUAUGGUUGCUACUUACUUUACUAAUGACUAACAUUGAUUAAUCAAUAAUUGGCAAUAUACUUUAUCAAAAAAAUAUGCAGACAAUGUUGAAUACACAUUUCGCUGUAGAAUCGGUGCUUGGCAACUAUGUUAUGAUAUAAUGGAGCUAACUUUUUAUUGUUUUUCUUGCUUUUAUAUUGUUGGUGAGAUAUUUCUUUUUGCAACGUUCUAUUAGCUCCCAGCUUGAGCUAGUUUAUUAAUCAAUUUAAUCUAUUUUAAAACAUACCAAUAACAAGAUUUCAAUCAAACUUAUUGAUUCAUGGGUCUGGUUGUUACAAAAUUCUUGUGAGAAUUAUAAUUUUUAUUGGUAAUCUAGUUUGAUGUUAUCAGCAAUGUUGCUAUUUAACAUUUAACAUAAUGUAAGUUUUACUGUACACUUUGUUUGUUUACAAAUUCCAAUAAUAUGUAACUUGUACAGCGUAGAAUAAUAUCGAUUGAUACAAUAUAUCAUUGCCAUUAGCUGA